UCGCGAGAUCUUCAUAUAUUGGCUGCGGCGCUGGAUGGCGCUGGUGGAAAUUUGGGAAUGUGCGGUCAAGAUUUCUCCCGGAUUGAGCUGAGCUCGGACAGGACGCAAGACUGACUGCAUCUGUGUGCGAGCAGUAAGACCAGCUGGGCAAAGAGAGAACACAUUGUGGAGGCUCAGAGGUGAAGAUCAGUCAGCGGACAGAAAGUGGACACAGCGUCGUGAGGACAGUGUCUCGGACCACAGACAUAGACACAAGCACUUACUCUAACAAACUCUGCAAAAGUCACACAGCUGGUUUUAACCAGGCCAGUAUUUGCGUUUGACCCCACUUUACCAUCUCAGGUGCGGGGAGGCGUUUAGACAGACAGACAUUAGUGAGACUCACCUGCCCCCUCGAGAGAAAACAUCACUAUUAUAUUCACACCUGUUAGCAGAUUCUUUCAUUAUAAUUUUUUUUUGUACUCACUGACUAAACACCCAUCUCUGACCCACAUAUUCCUCUCUCAUGGGAGUAACAUAGAGAACAGCCCAGCAAAGACACUCUUUUCUCACUCUCUCAUAUUCUCACACACACACACACACACACAUACACAUACACAUACUCGUCUGCACUGUAUUCAGGAUGCCCUCCUCCUCCAGCGUGAUUAGCUGGGGAAGGAUGUGGCUCUUGUGGUGAUUGGAGGGGGGAGCGAAGCAGAGCUGGACCCAUGUCGUGGAAGCGGAACUACUUUGCGUCUGGCAGCAGUGGGCUGCAGGGGAUGUUUACCCCACGCACCAUGACCUCCAUCGCUCCCAGCAAAGGCCUGAGCAAUGAGCCGGGUCAGAACAGCUGCUUCCUAAACAGUGCAUUGCAGGUCCUUUGGCAUCUUGACAUCUUCCGCAGAAGCUUCCGUCAGCUGAACACCCACAAGUGCAUGGAGGACUCGUGCAUCUUCUGCGCUCUGAAGAGCAUCUUUGCCCAGUUCCAGUUCAGCAGUGAGAAGGUGCUCCCAUCGGAUGCUCUGCGCAGCGCUCUGGCCAAAACCUUCCAAGACGAGCAACGCUUCCAGCUGGGCAUCAUGGACGACGCGGCUGAGUGUUUCGAGAAUCUACUGAUGCGGAUCCACUUCCACAUCUCGGAUGAGACCAAGGAGGACAUCUGCACAGCCAAGCACUGCAUCCCACAUCAGAAGUUUGCCAUGACACUUUUCGAACAGUGUGUUUGUAAUAAUUGUGGAGCUACUUCAGAUCCUCUCCCCUUCAUUCAGAUGGUGCACUACAUUUCCACCACCUCUCUCUGUAACCAAGCUGUGCGAAUGCUGGAAUGUAAGGAGAAGCCCACACCCGACAUGUUUGGAGAGCUUCUCCGCAACGCCAGCACCAUGGGCGACCUGCGAAACUGUCCGAGUAACUGUGGCGAAAUGUUGCGGAUUCGGCGGGUUCUGAUGAACUGCCCGGAGAUCAUCAGCAUCGGCCUGGUGUGGGACUCAGACCACUCUGAUUUGGCUGAAGACGUCAUCCACAGCCUGGGCACGUGCCUGCGGUUGGGUGAUCUGUUCUACCGUGUGACUGAUGAGCGAGCCAAGCAAUCAGAGCUCUACCUUGUGGGCAUGGUUUGCUACUACGGCAAGCAUUACUCCACCUUCUUCUUCCAGACCAAGAUACGCAAGUGGAUGUACUUUGAUGACGCACAUGUGAAGGAGAUUGGACCUAAAUGGAAGGAUGUGGUGUCGAGAUGUAUAAAAGGCCACUACCAGCCACUCCUGCUGCUAUAUGCUGACCCACGAGGGACGCCUGUGUCAUCGCAGGACAUGCUGGCAGCGCAGUUAGACCUGCAUCACAGCAGCAAGGCUGGCUAUGACAGCGAAGACUCCGGGAGGGAGCCCUCAAUUUCAAGUGACACACGCACAGACUCUUCCACAGACAGCUGCAGCUACAAGCACUCUCGAUCACACCAUGAGUCCAUGGCCUCCCAUUUCUCUUCUGACUCUCAGGGAACUGUGGUGUGUAAUCAGGACAGCAGCGGUUCCCAGAACAGCAUGGACACUGCAGGGGAGGUUCUUAAAGACCAGGCCACUCCCCUUUGUACGCCGAGAACCUCUUCUACUGGCCAUCUGCAGGAUUAUAAAGAGACUAUGAUCCACAGCAGACCCCUCUCUUCGUCCUCUAGUUCAGGGGUGGGUGGCUCGGAGGCUGGAGCACGGUCGAGGGACUGGGAAGACGAGAGCACCAGCAGUGAGUCCAAGUCCAGCUCCAGUGGAGGGCGCUAUCGGCCCACUUGGAGACCCAGGAGAGAGGCCCUGAACAUUGACAGCAUCUUCAGCCGGGAAAGGCAUCGGCCGGUUGGCUAUGCCACGCUCGGGCCCUCCCCGCUGCCGGAAGACCCGAUGUCACCAGUGCACAGCGAGCUGGUCUCAGGAGCUGCGGCAGAGGGGUCAAACAUUGCAGCAGCAGAGACAGGGGGCAUGAACGAUGGCUCAGGGGGCGUGUCAGAGACAGGAGUGGAGCAUCUACCGAUUCCACCACCUUUAAGAGGUGUAGAACAGCAGCCUCGGCUGAUCCAGAGGAUGGAGAGUGGCUAUGAAAGUAGUGAGAGGAACAGCAACAGCCCCAUCAGCAUGGAUAUGCCCCUCAGCGACAACCAGAGCACCAGUGCUCACAGGGACAGUGGCAGUAAGAGGCCAGUAACUUCUGGGCCCUCUUGGCGCACAGUGCCCAAGUCCAAAAGCAGCAGUGCCAUCCUUCAAGACCUCAAAUCACCCACUUGGAGUAGCGCUCCACUGAGUUUGGGAGAGGGGCGCAGCGAGCUCGAUGAAUUGCAGGAGGAAGUUGCUCGCAGGGCCAGGCAGCAAGAGCUCCAAAGGAAGAAGGAGAAGGAGAGAGAAGCAGCGCAGGGCUUCAACCCCAGACCCAGCAAGUUCAUGGACCUGGACGAACUUCAGCACCAGGGGAAGGGGGGCAGUUUUGAGCACUGCCUGGCGGAGGCUGACUCUCUCUUAGAGCAGUCGCUGCGCCUGGAGCAAGCUGGGGACACAGCUACAGCCCUGGCGCUCUCCCACCACGCUGUGUCUAAACUAAGAUUUUCCAUGCAUGAGGGCAGUGCUAACACUCAUAGCAGGACUAUGGCUGCUGACGCCAAGCUGCAAAAAUGCAUGAGGAGAGCGCGGGGCCUACAGCAGCGCAUGCAGCAACAGCAAGAGCAGCAGCAGGAGCCCAGCCGCCCACAGGGGCCCAACAGUGAACACCCUGGCCCGGUCCAAGUAUUGUUGACAGACAAUCAGGAGGAGGUCUGGGAGACCAAUCAGGUUUCUAUGCUUGGCCCACCCUCUCCUCAACACAUGAAAUCACCCUCCUCUUGUACAAACUCCCCAUCUCAGUCCUCUAGCCACCCAUCGCUCAAUCCUCGGCCUUCCUCUUCUCAGGGGCAUUCCCAAGAGCCCGAUGAACGCAGCAGUUGGUCAACCCAGAAUGAGGAGGAAUGGGGUGGCAUCAGGUUAUCAGACGUUCUCCAAGCAUCAGGCAUUCGGAUCAUGCCCAUACGCAAACACCUAGCCAUAUCUCUACCUUCUUUGCCCCUUGACUUCUGGGGUGUUUUGGGAGAGGACGAAGAGGUCUCCAGCUGUCAGCACCCUCAAGCUUCAUUCUCUCAAUCUCCAAAUCCUCCUUUGUGGCAUGGCACUGCAGAUUGUUCAGACCGGAUACCCCAAUCCAGCAGUGCCACCAGUCCACCACCUGCCCCUGUUGAGGAGAAGGGGCCAAUGCCCCGACGAGCCCCCAUUUGGCAGCCCCUGUGUGCAUCUUCCCAGCCAUGCACCAAACUGACCCCUCCUGUUGCUGCCCGUCAUUGGUCCUCUUGGAGCCUAGACCGCCCUGAUGCUGUCGUCACUCCCUACGAGACACCACCUGACCAGAACCAGCGGACAGGAACCGCCCUCUAUCAACACACACCUGGAAGACACCUUGCUCCUCACAGUCCCAUUAGCACCAGGAAGAAGAACAUCUCUAAGCACUCAAACUUCCAAAGCAUGGAGCUGGAACCCACAGAGGCUGACGACCAGGAACUCUCUGAAUUGGACUCGCUCUACCAGGCCAGUCUCCAGGCUGGCCCAGGUCCUGGCCGAGCUCUGCGUGGUACCAGCUCACCUGCUGUUGGGAGACAAGUACCUCCUGCUGCACGAAAGCUGCUCACUGGAGUUGGACGUUCUCGGACCCCCACGGCUGAGCUUGAGAGAACUGCUUAUGGACCACCAGGUUGUAGCAGCCCUACUGGAUACAUGAACAUGCCCCUGUCAGUGGCCCAUCAAGAGCUGCAGUCAGGAGAGGAAGACCAGUAUGACGCAGAUCACCUGCGCCGUAUUGCUCGCAGCCUGAGUGGAACUAUGAUAGGGAGACGCCAGAACCGCCUUGCUGUCUCCCGAAGUUUCGUGGCAAUGGUGCGGGAUGUUCGAUAUCCUUUCCCCACUGUGGAUGUCCCAGACCACGCUCACUACACCAUCGGCUCUGUCAUUCUGGCAGUGGGCAUCACCGGUAUGGUGGGAAACUUCUUGGUCAUGUAUGCCUUCUGCAAGAGUAGGAGUUUGAGGACACCUGCCAACAUGUUCAUCAUUAAUCUGGCUGUCACUGACUUUCUGAUGUGUGUCACUCAGACACCAAUCUUCUUUACCACCAGUAUGCACAAGCGAUGGAUCUUUGGCGAAAAAGGCUGUGAGUUAUAUGCAUUCUGCGGCGCUCUGUUUGGUAUCUGCUCAAUGAUCACUCUCAUGAUUAUUGCGGUAGAUCGAUACUUCGUGAUCACUCGUCCUUUGGCCUCCAUUGGCGUUAUGUCACGCAAACGAGCCCUGUUGAUACUCUCCGCUGCUUGGGCGUACUCUAUGGGCUGGAGCCUGCCUCCAUUCUUUGGAUGGAGUGCCUAUGUUCCUGAAGGUCUGCUGACAUCCUGUUCAUGGGACUACAUGACCUUCAGUCCUUCAGUACGCGCCUACACAAUGCUGCUCUUUACAUUUGUAUUCUUCAUCCCGCUCUUCAUCAUCAUUUAUUGCUACUUCUUCAUCUUCAGGGCUAUCCGUGAUACCAACAGAGCUGUGGGAAAAAUCAAUGGAGAAGGAGUAGGACCCAGAGACUCUAUCAAGAAGAUUCAGCGAAUGAAAAAUGAAUGGAAGAUGGCAAAGAUAGCGCUCAUUGUGAUCCUGCUGUAUGUCAUCUCUUGGUCUCCAUACUCCUGCGUAGCUCUUACUGCUUUUGCUGGAUACGCUGACAUGCUCACACCCUACAUGAACUCUGUGCCUGCUGUGAUUGCCAAAGCAUCCGCCAUCCACAACCCAAUCAUCUAUGCCAUCACUCACCCCAAGUACAGGUCUGCCAUUGCAAAGUACAUACCGUGUCUGGGAGUGCUGUUGUGUGUACCUCGUAGAGACCGGUUUGCCAGCAGUAGCUUUAUGUCCACACGACGGUCCACUGUGACUAGCCAGUCCUCUGAGACCAGCUGCAACCUGCACCGUGCCGGGAAGGCACGCUUGUCCUCUGUGUCUGACAGCGAGUCGGGCUGGACGGACACAGAGGCAGAUCUCUCAAGCACGAGUUCACGGCCUGCUAGUCGUCAGGUCUCAUGUGACAUCCGUAAAGAUUUGUCAGAUAUCAAGCACACCAGCUCUCUGAGGCUGAAGGUCAAGAGCAGAGACUCUGGUGUCUUCGACAGAACCUCAGCUCAGAGUCUAGCUGAGCCGAGCGUGAACCGGACCUGUGCGUACAUCAGUAUGAUAGGUGACAAAGAAGAGAUCUCCAUGGCUGAGGUCAGUCUGUCCAGUUGUCUUGAGUCCUCUCCAAAUAUGGUCUCAGACAAAGCUGAUGACAAAAGACUGUUGGUUCGGAUCCCUUCCAUCGUUGUUACGUCAGAGUCCAGUCCUGCCCUCCUCUCAGUAGGGCGCAUCAGUAGCUCCUCCAGACAGCUCCCAGGUGGUUCGGUGGAGGCAGCCUCUGUCACUGUGGAACCUGCUGGCAUUGACUGAAAACCAGCUGCACUACCACUGACUUAUACUUUAGGACACAAUCUCAACAAACUCUUGGUCAUCUGACUUAUUCCUUCCACCUUUUUGUUUCCUUUACACAGGGCUCAAAAUUGAACGUGCAUGCUGUUGCAAAUGACAUCUGAAAUUUGGCUGUGCCGUUAUUGUUGUACUUUUGCCUGUUUCAAGGUGGAAAAUGGGGGACCACAGCCUACAAGGUGAACAAGGUCUGUAUUUUAAUAAGAAAGUCGUGUCAGGACACCCUUUCAGGCUUCUUUCAGUGGUGUGGAGAUGAUCCUCUCCUCUCAGGGAAGAAGCUUCAUCCAUUAUAGGUUGUGCUGUAGGCCGUUGGAAUAAAUGGUUCCCAGCGCCUGUACAAGAUCAAAAACAACACAUAAUCUGUGACCUGAAGAUUCAAACGCCUAGUUUUUACCCAGCCACAGAGAUUUUGGUCUCACUAUGAAAUAUAGAGCCCUGUCUACAGCUGUAAAAGUGGAUCUUUUGAUGUUUCUUUAAAGGUGAAGUCUGUAAUUUCAUGUACAAAUGUAAAAAUAUUUACAUUGUAUUGGCUGAUAAACAGUAAAUGGCCGAUACUUAAAAUCUAUACUAUUUUGUCUACAUUAUUUAAAAUAAAUAGUUUUAAAUUAUACAAGUGAAUUUAGGCAUCACAACAUUACAGUCUGAAAAAUGGAUAUUAAUUUUCAGAUUUUGAUAAAGAUUUCAUUUAUCAAGACUUUUUACCUCUGCCACCAUCUAACGUUCACUUCAUCUAAAUGUAAAAAUAGGGGAAUUAAGCAUUCUCAAUUAAAUAUCCAAUAACUACAGAUUUAAAAAUCUCUAAUAUUGAGAGAGAACUGAUAUGGUACAGAUAUAUUGUACUUCCUUAAUUUUAAAUUGAAGAGAUAAAUAAAUAAACUAAACUAAACACUUCAGCUUUAAAGUUUUAGGUAUUCCCACAGACAUCUUCAUAACAAAUCAAGCACAUUGAGAACCAAUGACAUUUUUCUUGCUGCUGAUCCAAAUAAAGUAUUUAUUUCAUUUUGUAGAUUAUAAUUUUUUUCAGCACUGUAUGGCCAAUACAUAUAUAUGUCUAUUGAAUGUUAAUACGGAAGUGUGCUCAACAAAUGAUCUUUGAAUGAUUGAUUUUUUCUGUAUGAUUUUUCAUGCUUUUGUGUUGUGCCAUGUUCCUCUAUCCACAAGCGAAAUUCCCCAUGGUUGUGAUUAUCGGCAUGCUUUCUUAAUGUAAGAAAUUCUAUCUUUUAAUAGAAAUAUUUGGUUUUAAAUGUUUUUCACUCUAUGUGCAGGCCUACAAUAACAUCAAAACCCUUAUACAUGUGAAAAUUGUCUUUUAAAUUCAAAUAACUGCUCUCAGAGCCUGUGGCUCUAAUGAACUGUACCUUUCAGAUGCAGAUUUGCCUUUCUGCUGGAUUUCAGAGAUGCUUUAGUGGGAUUAAUAUGCCAGCAUCUGGGAGUCCUUAGGGAUUAGAGGGGAAACGCUUUUAACAAGAUUAGUUUUGGGGAACUGCUCAGCCAGAACGCUCCAUUGCUUUUAAAGGCUGCCGUGUUUUCAAAGUUACGUACACAUUGGCUGAUAAUGGUCUCUGAAGCACUGUCUGGUCUCUCUCUGUCUCUCCUGAGAGAUACGUUUACCUGUUUUUUAUUUUGAGUUAAAUAUGCUUCAUAGAUGUUUUAUGACUUUCUUCGGGGUGCUUAACUUGCAUAUUUACUGAUGUUGCUCGAAUGUUCACCUGAUUUGCAGCUCUUCGUUUAGUGUUGACACACAUUUAGCAGUGAACACCUACUGUAUAUCCAGUCACUCACAGUUAUCAAGUAGGUCAAUAGUGUGUCCUGCUGACUUGCAUGUGAUUUGUUGCCUGGACGCCAUCAGGGUGACAUAAUCAAGUGCUAUAUGAAUGAUAAGUUAGUUAUCAGCAAAAGCCACGGGUCAUACAUUAUAUUUGUGAUAACAUUGUCACGUCUUCAUUGCCCUUCCCUUUCCUGUUUUCUUGACUCCAGUUCUGGUUCUGUCAUUAUAUUAUAUUUAUAUGUGCAUGGUAAAGUUCAUACAGUAAUUUUUUUUAUAUACUUUUUACCAAUGCACCUGACAAUGACAGAUGAACUGAGAAAAAAACAAAACAAUUCUUACUAGCCAUAAAACUGCAUAUUGCAUCAUUUUUAAACCACUUAGAUGUUUCUUCUCAUAUAAUUGUGAUAAACGGUGUAAACCCUUGCAGCAUCAUAUGCAGUCUUAAUAUCUCUAUGAAACAGCACCUGUCAAAAAAAAAGGUGAAAACCCAUUGUGAUUUUGUUCCUAAUAUUUGUUUGUUUUGGUGAUUUAAUGUGACAAAUAUUCUACAUAUGUUUUUUGAAAAAAAAAAAAAAAAAAAAGUUUUAAAUGUCCUAGAUAAACUAAUGGCUUUAUGAUUCUUACAGUUUAAACCAUUUGUGAUGAGUGAACCAAAGUGUCCAUGGCACUUCAGUGAUUUGGGUUGUGCAUGAAAUGAAAGUUGCGGUAUCUUUUCUAGCCAGUUGUGACAUAUAUCUGAGUGAAACGGCUUCUCAAACAAGAAAAAAAAAUGUAGGGCAGGACUUCAUCUGGAAUUGAUUGGAUGGAUGUGGU